AUGGCAACAGUAAUCAUCUUUGGAGCCUCUGGCGAUGUCGGUUCGGCGGCGGCCAUUAGAGCGGCCAAGCGAGGGGCUAAGGUCUGGCUCGCCCUCAGAGAUCCCAGCAAGGAGAUUCCCGCCAUCACCAGAGCGGAGCAGCAGCACCGUGACUCCUUCAGCCGUAUCCGAGCUGAUCUCUCGGACGCCGCGUCUGUCAAGGAGGCAGUUGCGAAAUCAGGGGCCAAAGCGGCAUCUGUUUACAACGUUCAAACCCAGGAUUUCAUGAGGGGCACAUUCGAAGCCAUCAAGGAUGCUGGCAUCGAGUAUGUCGUGUUCCUUUCUGUGUACAGCAUUCUACCAGGCGAGAAUACGCGGGAAAUCAAACCCGAGCAUUUCAUCUCCUACCCACAUGCCCAAGCCGAAAACUCAUUGGAGGAUAUCGGACUGCCGUUCACGGCCUUGCGGCCUGCCAUGUUUGCUAGCAACGCCUUCAAGCUGAAUCUCGACCAAUCCCAGACACCCUGGGAAGCCCAUGUCCCAAACGUUGGCGGUGGCGACUGUAUCUCCCCUAUCGACAUUGGCGAGGUCGCAGGUGCUAUUCUAGUCAACCCAGUUCGCUCGGUACAGAAGAACGUUGUGUAUCUGACUGGACCCAAGUUCCUGUCGCACCCGGAGAUGUAUGAGAUCAUGGGGAGGGUCCUGGGCAGGGAGAUUAAGGUUACUGAGUAUUCCGCCGACGAGUACGGCGAGUCUCUCAAGAAGCGGGGUGUCCCUGCAUUCCUCGCCGACUUUCUUGCCGAUGACCUGAAGAAGAACGCCGACCGCUCCAUCUACUAUCCGGAGCCCUUCUUCAGUCAAUGCGUAGCAAAUGUCGAGCAGUACACUGGACGCAAAGCAACGAGUUUUGAGGAUUAUGUGCGAGCUCGGGGAGCAGGUCAAUGA